CAUUCUUACUAUGAAGCUUGUUGAGGUUAAUAAGUUAUGUAAAAAUUCGAAAUUAUCAAUAUGUUCGGCUUCGCGCCUUUUUUCAAACGAUUUGAAGUGAGUUGCGAUACGAAGUAGUCGCAUAUCGUAUCACUUCGGGUCAUAGUCGCGUACUAUAACCUAAUUUCAUCUGUCAAAAUUUGUGUCUUGAUUUAUACAUGUAAAUUGUUAUUUAUACAAGUUUGUUGUGUAAAUUGAGAUUAUAUUUUUGGAAUUCUUAAAUUGUUAUAUUUAACAGUUAGAAUGACGACCAUUGAAUUGCUUGAGAAUAGGAUUGCUGAAUUGGAAAAGCAAAUAUAUGGACUUGCAAAGAAAGAUGAAACUAAUGAUAAUUCAUUAGAGAAUCCUGUAGUUGAUAGUAUUUUACAUGUAAAUACGCUAAUUUCAUCUGCAAUGUCAGGACGAGAGAAAGCAAAUCUGAUGAUAAAACGAUUACCAGAACUAAAUAAUUAUUUAGAUCCAAUGAUCGAAAGUUCAGAAAUACCUAUAGAGGCUAAAGUUCAAUUGUUACUAGCUAUGGCACCAGAAAUUAAGCAGAAUCACGAAAUGUUGAAACAGAUGCAAGAACUAAUGCCUGCCUUAGAAACUGAUCACUUAAAAAAUGUUCCAGAAUUGACAAACAAACUCAAUGAUUUGAAUCUGUCAUACCUCAAGUUAUACGAGGAUUCUCAAGGAUUGAACAAUCGUAUAAACGAAGUCUUUUCCAAAUACAAUGAAGUAAUAACUAGUAUCUCUAAAUCAUUAAUCACUAUAGAUGGCGUUGUGACAACAGCCGAAAUUGCAGCAAUGCCCAAAAAACAAUUAGAUUAAGGAUUUAUUGUAUAAAUAAUAUAUUUACAAAAAAAUUAUUAUUUAUUACUUUAUGAAUAAAGUUAUUUAUAUUUAAAAUGAAA